ACACCCUGAACAGCACAAGCAUGUCCAAGGCCUACCAGAGCACAUUCACGGGUGAGACCAACACGCCCUACAGCAAGCAGUUCGUGCACUCCAAGUCCUCCCAGUACCGGCGCCUGAAGACGGAGUGGAAGAACAAUGUGUACCUGGCGCGGUCCCGCAUCCAGGGCCUGGGGCUCUACGCGGCCAAGGACAUCGAGAAGCACACCAUGGUCAUCGAGUACAUCGGCACCAUCAUCCGUAACGAGGUGGCCAACCGGCGGGAGAAGAUCUACGAGGAGCAGAACCGCGGGAUCUACAUGUUCCGCAUCAACAACGAGCACGUCAUUGACGCCACGCUGACGGGGGGGCCAGCCAG